UUGAGACCUUUUUUUUGAAAUUUGUUUAACUUCGAAGAACCGUAGCGACACGAAGGCACGGGAAGAGGGCUUCCUUCAAUGCAAUAAAAACAAGCAACCAAACCCAUCUCUCACAUUUUCAAAACCCCCCACCCAAAUCGGCGAACGAGGGAGAGAAUGACCGGCAUUGUUAUGGUCACUAGGGGCGGCGGCUGCGGCGGAGGCAGCAAAAUGGUCAAAGGAGGAGCCAAGGGCUCCUCCGUCAGUGAUGACCAAAAUCAGCUCUCUUUGGUCGAUGUUUUGCUCACGGCGUUGAGGAAAUCGAUGGUUUAUUGCCGUGUUGAUCGACGGGAGGAGCUUAUCUCCACUGUCCAUCAGAUGGAAAUUGGAUGGCCGACAAAUGUUCGACAUAUUGCCCAUGUCACUUUCGACCGCUUCAAUGGUUUUUUGGGGCUUCCUGUCGAGUUUGAGGUUGAGAUUCCCAGCUCUGUUCCUAGUGCCAGUGCCAGUGUGUUUGGGGUCUCUGCUGAAUCAAUGCAAUGUUCUACUGAUUCAAGAGGAAAUAGUGUACCAAAAAUACUCUUGCUAAUGCAGGAUCGCUUGUACCGUCAAGGAGGCCUUAAGGCUGAAGGGAUUUUUCGGAUAAACCCCGAAAACAGCCAAGAGGAGCAAGUAAGGGACAAGUUGAAUAGAGGGAUUAUACCUCAAAACAUUGAUGUUCACUGCUUGGCUGGCCUGAUCAAAGCGUGGUUUCGAGAGCUUCCGUCCGGAGUGCUCGAUGGACUCUCUCCUGAGGAAGUUCUGCAAUGUAACACUGAAGAGGAGUCGGUCGAGCUCGUUAAGAAGUUAAAGCCAACCGAGGCUGCGUUGUUGAGUUGGGCUGUGGAUCUUAUGGCUGAUGUUGUUGAGGAAGAAGAUUGUAACAAAAUGAAUGCAAGGAAUAUUGCUAUGGUUUUUGCUCCGAACAUGACUCAGAUGUCUGAUCCAUUGACGGCUCUAAUGCAUGCUGUUCAAGUGAUGAACUUACUCAAAACACUGAUUAUGAAAACGUUACGGGAGCGGGAAGAGGCUGUGUCGGAUGGAUAUUCGCCUAUGUCGUCUCGUUCUUCUGAUCGGCAAAUGGAUGAAGAUUUCAAUAGUCAGGAAGAUAUGGAUACCGGAGACGAAUCGGGAGGGCCGAACUCCGACGUUGAGAAUGAUGUCAAUGAAGAUGGAGAUGAAGAUGAGGGAUCAUUAAGUGAGAUUGAGGACUGCUUCUUGAGGAAAUUGGAUGAUACCAAAAGCGAAACUCGAAGAUCUUCAGCAAGACGAGAAGGCGAUUUAGACGUAGAUUUGAGUCCAAGAAGCUGCUCGGGAUUGAACGUCGAGUCGAGUAUCUCGUUCACUGAUAGUAAAAACGAAAACUCGUGCCUUAGUAGUACAAGUGAUGGAGAAGAUUCCACGACGAGUUUGCACGAAGAGGAGGGACAAAGCAUUCACAAAGAACUCGUCCCCAUAGCAUGUAAAAACUUCAUUGAUAUUCAUAUGGAUGACAAGAUGAGGGAACCCGCUUCGUUGACGUCCAUGGUUAUUGCUUCUAACGACUCGGUGUAACAGCUCUCAUCGACGACGACGACGAUGAUAGUACUUCGAGAUAUGCUUUCUUUGCAGUAGUUCAAAGUGAUGCUUGCUUUUUUUUGUAUCAUAGCACGACGUUUAGCGAGAGGCUUUGACCGGAAAAAAAAUUCGAAAGGAUUGCUUGUUUGUGUGUUUUUGUGAUUCCUAAAGUUUAGCUUCGAGCUGAACACGUUUAAUUUGUUUCUUUUGUAAUCGAAACGAACUUAACCUUGGAAAUUCUCUAGUUGAUUGAACUGUGUUAUUGCUUAA